CUUCCUCAGUGGGUCAAUGUUAUGAAGACUGAAGGAGUCUGGCUGAGUUCCUGCUCCUCCCAGGAUGAUAUCAAAGGGCCACAGGCACAGUGACAGAAAGUGAACCUUCAGACCAAAGCCAGAUGUGGAACUGAAACAACAAGAGGAGAAGCAAGAGUAUCAGAGGAGCUGCUGAGAUGGAAAGUCUCCAGACCAACACAGAAAGGCUCUAUCCUGAGAUAAUUGUAGAUGUGGGCACAGUGACUUUUGGAGAAGAGAACAGGAAGAAGAUGACCAAUAACCAUUUGAAAAGAACUGAGAAUUCUAAAAUCAUCCAAGCCACUUGUGCACUGUUAAAUUCUGGAGGGGGUGUCAUCAAGGCAAAGAUUAACGAUAAAACCUACAGUUACCGGUGCCAUGGGCUGGGACAGGAUCUGGAAACUUCUUUUCAAAAACUCCUUCCUUCAGGGUCACAGAAAUACCUUGACUACAUGCAGCAGGGGCACAAUCUCCUGAUUUUUGUGAAGUCGUGGAGUCCAGACGUUUUCAGCCUCCCCCUAAGGAUUUGUAGCUUGCGUUCCAAUUUAUAUCAGAGAGAUGGGACUUCCGCUAUAAACCUGAGUGCUAGCAGUGCCCUGGAACUCCUCAGACAGAAGCAGUCUAGAGCCCAAAGAGGAAGACGGAGGGUGAAGGAGCUGCAGCCUUGGAAAGUUCUUGAUGGAAGCAUUCAGGAAGAGGAGGAUAUGAGGAGGUUUGCCUCAGAAUUUCUUAAAAAGGACAAACUCAUGUAUAAAGAGAAACUCAACUUUACUGAGUCAACACAUGUUGAGUUAAAAAGGUUCACCACCAAAAAGAUUGUCCCUAGGAUUAGAGAAAUGCUGCCUCAUUACAUUUCUGCCUUUGCCAACACCUAUGGGGGAUACCUGAUUAUUGGGGUGGAUGAUAAGAGCAAGGAAGUGUUUGGAUGUAAGAAAGAAAAAGUGAACCCUGACUUAUUAAAAAAAGAAAUAGAAAACUGCAUAGAAAAAUUGCCUACAUUCCACUUCUGCCAUGAAAAGCCAAAGGUGAAUUUCACUACCAAAAUCUUGGAUGUAUACCACAAAGAUGCCCUGUAUGGUUAUGUCUGUGUGGUUCAAGUGGAGCCCUUCUGCUGUGUAGUAUUCACAGAAGCCCCAGAUUCAUGGAUCAUGAGGAACAAUUUUGUCACAAAGCUGACGGCAGAGCACUGGAUUGACAUGAUGCUGGAUAUUCAACCAGCUCCCUCCAGUUUGGCCCCAGAACACAGCCUUCCCCUGAUUUCACCAGCUUCAUCUGCACUAAGAAGCCCAUCAUAUCCCAUGAAGGUCCUGGGAUUUAAGGAGGUUCUACAGCAACGUUUGUUUCCAGUGACACGGGAAGAGAUACAAUUUAAACCAGAAUCCCUCUGUAAGAAGCUGUUCUCAGAUUACAAGGAACUAGAGGAAUUAAUGAAAAUGCAGAUACGUCCUUAUUCUCAGGGGAUUGUGAUAUUUUCUAGAAGCUGGGCUAGUGAUAUUGGCUUAAGGAAAGAGCAGAAUGUCUUGUGUGAUGCUCUCCUAAUAGCAGUUAACAGCCCCCUGGUACUCUAUACAAUCUUAAUACACUCCAGUGCCACUGAAGGGCCCGAGUAUGCCCGAAACACCGCUCAUCAGUUAAAGCAGAAACUGGGAACUGUUGGUGGUUACACAGGGAGAGUGUGUGUCAUUCCAAGACUGAUGCACCUGCCUAACACACAGUAUAGACCCUGUGAAGUCCCUGUGCACUACCCCCAAUCCUACAAGCUUGCUGAUGAGGAGGAAAUGGAAGACCUGUUGCAGGCCCUUGUCGUGGUCAUCUUGCUGUGCUCUCGAUCUCUUCUGAGUGACCAGCUGGGCUGUGAAUUCUUCAACUUGCUCAUAGAGGAGCAGUGUGAGAUGCUUUCAGAGAGCCUUCAGGAGACGCAAGAAUUGUUCAUCCACUGCUUUCCAGGAACCAGGAAGACAGCCCUCGCCAUGAAGAUCAUGGAGAAAAUCAAGGACCUAUUCCACUGCAAACCAAAAGAGAUUCUCUAUGUCUGCGAACAUGACGCCCUAAAGAAUUACGUGGCCCAACAAACCACCUGCCAAGCUAUGACCCGGAAAACCUUCAUGCAAGGGGAGUUCCUAAAGAUUAAACACAUAGUGAUGGAUGAGACUGAGAAUUUCUGCAGUAUGUAUGGCGAUUGGUAUGAGAAGGCUAAAAGUAUCACACAUCCAAAGGUGAGGGGAGCUGGAAAGAAAAACCCUCACCACGGGGUUCUCUGGCUUUUUCUGGACCCUCUCCAAGUCCAUCAUGCUGAUGUCAGUGGCCUUCCCCCUUCAUCUGCUCAGUUUCCUCGUAAAACAAUCACCAAAGGGAUCCACUGUUCUCUGGAAAUAGCAGAGGUCAUGAAACAAGAAAUGAAGAAGAUCAAAGAAAAUCCUCCUUCCAACAUUUUCCCAGACACAUUGGCAUUGUUUAGGGAAGCUGUCUAUGAGGAAACCAUGCAUGCUCAGGCUCUCCCGGGCGGGGUGUGUGAGACAAAGACUGACCUGACAAUAGAACAAAUUGCAACAUAUGUGGCAGAAAGAUGUCACAACCUAUUCCAAUGUGGCUAUCUGCCCAAAGAUAUAGCAAUUCUGUGCAGAAAAGGGGAAGACAGAGGACGCUAUGAGCUUGCACUGCUAAAAGCAAUGGAAUUAACUGAGACCCACAGAGCAACAGAAGCUGUGUUCAGCCAGGCCUCUGGUGUUUUGGGUAGCCGCAUCAUUUUAGACAGCAUUGAGCAGUUUUCAGGCCUGGAGAGGAAUAUUGUGUUUGGGCUCAGUCCAGAAUGCACCCUGUCAGAGGAAACUCAUAAGCUCUGCUUUGCCUCAAGAGCCAUUAAACACCUCUACCUGCUUUAUGAAAAGAGGACAGUAUCCACUUCAAAGACGACUGUCUUGGAUAAACACAUUACUAGCCAAAAAAAACCGAUAAGAAUGAACAUGAAGAAACAGAAUUCAUCUUUGGUGGUAGAAUUAUCUUACCCAGACUUGGUCAUCAAUGUAGGAGAAAUCACUCUUGGCGAAGGAAACAGAAAUAAGCUGCAGAAACCUCAGAAAGAGCAAGAGAGGAAGAAAGUUUUGCAGGCUGCAUGUGCUUUAUUAAACUCUGGAGGGGGAGUGAUUCGGAUGGAAAUAGCAAACAACAAUGAGCAUCCUGUGGAGAUGGGUCUGGAUUUAGAAGAUUCUUUCAGAAAACUUAUUCACUCUACAGAUUUGCAGGCUUUCUUUGAGACUAAGCAACAAGAGAGGUGUUUUUACAUUUUUGUUAAAUGUUGGGUCGCUGGCCCUUUCACUGGAACCAGUUCCAUCAAGCCCCGAAUUUGCAGCCUGUUUUCUUCGUUAUACCGUAGGUCUGGCACCUCUGUGUUUCCACUGGAUUCAGGAGAGGCAUUUAGUUUCCUAGAAACCAAGAAAAGAAAUGCAAAAUAUUUGGGGGAAGGACCUUCUAAUAAAAUUCUCAGGGUUACAGAGCAAAAUGUCAAUCGCUCAAAUCCUGCUCACCUAAUUUUCCAAAGAGACCAGCUUGAGAAAGAUGAAAUCCUACCUUUUCCUGAGUCUCAAGAUGUAGAAUUUAAACAGUUCUCUACGAAACGCGCCCAAAAGUAUGUAAAAAACAUAAUUCCACAGUACAUAUCUGCAUUUGCAAACACUGGGGGAGGCUAUCUUUUUAUUGGAGUGGAUGAUAAAAGUAAGAAAGUUCUGGGAUGUGAUAAAGACAACAUUGACUGUUCCUCUUUGAAAAAGAACAUAGAAGAUGCAAUAAACAAAUUACCUUGUGUCCAUUUUUGCCAAUCCCAAAGCCAGAUAGCUUUCACAGUCAAAUUCUUGGAUGUGUUCGACCAGGGACAGUUGUGUGGCUAUGUUUGUGUGAUCAGAGUAAUGCCAUUCUGUUGUGCAGUAUUCUCAGAAUCUCCCAACUCAUGGUUGGUGAAAGACCAGAAACUCUGCAGCCUAACAACUGAGGAAUGGGUAGGCAUGAUGAUGGACACAGAACCAGAUCUUCUAUGCUUGUCCGAAGACUUUGAAUGUCAGCUAAGUCUGUCUAGCAGAUCUCCUCUUAGCAGACCAGUGUACUCCAAGAAAGGCCUGGAACAUAAAAAAGACCUUCAGCAACUUUUAUUUCCAGUACCAUCAGAAGGUCUUCAAUAUACUCCUGAAUCCCUCUGGGAGGAGCUGUCCUCAGAGCAUGAAGGUCUGAAGGAAUUAAUAAAUAAGCAAAUGCAUCCUUUCUCCCAAGGAAUUUUGAUCCUUUCUAGAAGCUGGGCUGUGGACCUGAACUUGCAAGAGAAGCAGGAAGUCAUCUGUGAUGUUCUGCUGGUAACACAGAACAGCCCGCCCGUUCUCUAUACCAUUCUCAGAGAGCACGAUAAAGACGAGCAGCUGUACUGCACCUGUACUGCUUUGACUUUGAAGCUGAAGCUGGUGAACAUGGGGGGCUACACCGGGAAGCUGUGUGUCAUGACCAAGGUCCUCCAUCUGAGUCCUGAGAGCAAUGGAGAAUCCUGUGAAGGUUCAGGCUCUCUAAUCGAUUACCCUGAGUCCUAUUACCUUGCAGACACCCAGCAAAUGGAAGCCUUCCUGCAGUCCCUUGUGAUUGUCUUACUCAGCUUCAGGUCUUUCCUGAGUGACCAGCUUGGCUGUGAGAUUUUAAAUCUGCUCACAGCCCAACAGUAUGAGAUUGUCUCAAAAAACCUCCGCAAAGCCACAGAAUGGUUUAUCCAUGGUCUACCUGGCUCAGGGAAGACAGUCGUAGCCAUGAAGAUCAUGGAGAAACUCAAGAAUAUGUCUGGUUAUAAGAAAAAUGAAAUUCUCUAUGUUUGUGAGAACCAACCUCUGAGGGACUUUAUCCGUUCUAAAAAUAUCUGCCAUGCAGUGACCCGAAAAACCUUCAUGAACACAAAUGCAAACUUUGAAUACAUUCAACACAUAAUCAUUGAUGAAGCUCAGAAUUUCCGCACUGAAAAUGGGGACUGGUAUGAGAAGGCAAAAACCAUCACUCAGAGAGAAAAGGAUAACCCUGGACUUCUCUGGAUCUUUCUGGACUACUUUCAGACCAGUCACAUACACGACAGUGGUCUCCCCCCUCUAACACGCCAGUUUCCAAGAGAAGAGCUCAUCAAAGUGGUCCGCAAUGCAGCACCAAUAGUCCACUACCUAGAAAAAAUAAUGCACAAGGUCAGAGAAAAUCCGCCACCUAACAUUGCCCCCACGUCCCUGAGUAUACUCAAUAAAGCUGAAAAAGUUCAUAGUGUUCCAGGCAUUGUGAAGGUUAAGGAGUACUCAGACUUGGAGAAGAUUUUGGUUUAUAUAGCAAAGAAAUGCCAGAUGUUCUUGAGGAAUGGUUAUUCCUACAAGGAUAUUGCUGUGCUUUGCAGUACAGCAUCUGAUAUAGACACAUAUAACAUUAAGCUUCAAACAGUAAUGAGGAGGAGAAGAAAUUCUCGGCUCAAGGAGGAAUCUGAUCCAUUACUACAGAUCAAAGAUGCAUCAUAUAUAAUGGACAAUCACAUCGUGUUGGACAGUGUCCGUCGAUUUUCAGGCCUGGAAAGAAACAUCGUGUUUGGGAUCAAUCUAAGGACAGCUGAGACAGCUAUUUUCCACAAUCUUCUGCUCUGUCUGGCUUCCAGGGCAAGAAACCAUCUGUUUGUUCUGACACUUCAACACUGAAAGGUUGCUGGUUUGAUUCCCGGUCAGGGCACAU